AUGGAGGUUUUUAUAGAUUAUGGUGUUUAGACGCAAGAAACUUAAGAUAAAUGGAGAACAAGGAGGGAAAAGGAAGUAAGAGAUGAAGAAUUAAAUAUGAUUCCAGGAAUUCAAUUAAUAAUUGGGCAACUAUUUUAAAAAGCAGGAUAUAAAGUUCACUAUUCUGAAGUUGACAAUGAUGACACAUUGGCAGCAUACGCUUAAAGUUAUGGUGCCGAUAUUUUGUCAGCUGAUAAGGAUUUUAUGAGGUAUAGAAAUAGAUCGUAUAAAAUAUACUGUGACUUUGAAAUAGAAAAAGGAAAACUCAAGUUGAUACCCAAAAAUGAAUUUAAAUACUUAGCAUAAGUUGCAAUUGAUAGAGAUCUAAUGCUUGACCCACUUCCUUUGACUUAUAAUACAUACCCUUCAUUAGAAAGAAUAUAGAAACAUCUAAUACAUUAUAGAGGUACAAGUUCACCUCUUACGAGGAGAUUUGGAAAUCCUCAGGGUAAAAUAAUAAAACUUAAAUCUCAUGUUUAUCAUACUUAUGGGAUUAAAGAGCCAGUAAAUGAAAUUUAUCCUGAAUGGGAUACUAAAAAGAAUAAAGUAGUUUGGAUUGAUGAGUUUAAUAAGCCAUAAGAUCAGGUUUAAGAAGUGGAUGAUUUGUUAAAAGACCCGCUGAAGUAUUUGCCUGAUAUGCUGAGAGGUAUUGAAAGGCCUAAGAGAGUGUAAAAUUAACUAUGGUUUAAUCAUUUGUACGGCUGUUGCUAUUCUAUCAUUGAGUAUCACUGUGUAAUUUUCAACAAGUAAAUACUUGAAAUAUUAGAAUAACUCAAGAAAAUUUUAAUAAAAGAAGGAUUUAAACUUGAUAAAGCUGCUGAUGAGGAAAUAAAGAUUUAAGAGCAAUUAAAUUCUAAAUAAUCAUGUGCUAAAUGCGGAAAGACAUUCUAACUUUCUCAGAAGGAGAUUUAAUAGUUUAAAAAGAAUAAUAUCAAAAUGUCAGCCAAUUGCUAGAGUUGCUUAUAUAAAAAAUGA